AUGGCAGAACUGAUGGUUGCAGGAGCAUUUCUUACACCUGUUAUCCAAGUAAUUGUUGAGAGGGUUGCCUCAGGAGAUUACAAAGACCUCUUCAAUAAACGGUUGGUGAAUAAACUUGAAAUCACAUUGAAUUCUAUCAAUCAAGUGCUUAAUGAUGCAGAGAGAAGAGCAAGGUUAAACACUAUAGUUGGUCUUGGUGGGAUGGGUAAGACAACCCUUGCUCGGCUUGUCUACAAUGACGACAAGGUGCAAAACAGCUUUGAACUUAAAGCUUGGAUCUAUGUUUCAAAUCCAUUUGAUAUUUUUGGGCUCACUAAAGAAAUUCUAGAGCAAUUUAAUUCUCCAACAGAUAGUGAAAGCUUGGAAUCACUCCAACGUCAAUUGCAACAAACAGUAAUGGGAAAGAAAUAUUUGCUUGUUCUAGAUGAUAUUUGGAAAGCUAAUGAGAAAAGUUGGGAGCAGUUACUAAUUCCUUUUAAUAAAGGAUCUUCUGGAAGUAAGAUGAUCGUGACAACACGAAGUAAGGAUGAUGCAUCAGCCAUGAAAUCUGGCAAGUUAGUUGAAUUAGAACAACUGGAGGAGAGUGAUUGUUGGAGUUUAUUUGUGACACAUGCUUUUCACGACAGAAACGCAAGUGAUUAUCCAGAUCUUGAAUCAAUUGGAAAGAUGAUUGUAGACAAGUGUGGAGGGUUGCCAUUAGCUGUUAAAACAAUGGGGAACCUCUUGAGAAAAAAAUUCUCUAAAAGUGAAUGGGAGAAAAUAUUGAAGACUGAUAUGUGGUGUUUAUCAGAGAGAGACAGCAACAUAAAUCCAGUAUUGAGACUGAGUUACCAUAAUCUUCCUUCAAAUUCGAAGCGUUGUUUUGCAUAUUGUUCCAUAUUUCCCAAGGGUUAUGAGUUUGACAAGAAUAAGUUAAUCAAACUUUGGAUGGCAAAUGGUUUGUUGAAUUCCUACAAAAGUAAAGAAGAAUUGGGAAGUGAAAUAUUCGAUGAUCUAGAAUCAAUUUCAUUUUUUCAAAGAUCCUUAGAUUUUGAUCUUGAUGGUUCUUUUAUCAUGCAUGAUCUUGUCAAUGACUUGGCAAAAUCAGAGUCUGGAGAGUUUUGCUUAGAAGUGAAGGGUGAUAAGGUGCAAGAUAUAUCUGAAAAGACACGCCACAUUUGGUGUUCUCUUGAUUUGAAAGUCGACGAUGGGAUAUUAAAGCACAUUUAUAGAGCUAAGGGAUUACACAGCUUGUUGGUAGAAUCACCAACGUAUGGUGGCGAAUGCUUCAUGAUAAGCAACAAUAUGCAAUGUGAUAUGUUUUCAAAAUUAAAAUAUUUGCGGAUGUUAUCAUUUAGUGAUUACGAAAAUGCAUCCGGAGAGCUAGAACUAGCAUAUGAGAUAGGCAGUUUAAAUCUUUUGCGCUAUCUAGACCUGUCUUGGACAGAUAUUAAAAGGUUGCCCGACUCUAUCUGUAAGCUUUAUAACUUAGAGGGACUGGAAAUGGAAAUGUGUGGUAAUUUGACUGAAUUGCCUUUAGACUUUUACAAACUUGACUGUUUACGCCAUCUUAAUCUGGAAGGAACUGCAAUAAAGAAGAUGCCAAAGCAGAUAAGGAAACUAAACCAUCUACAAACGCUGACUAAUUUUGUUGUGGGAGAGUCGAGUGGGUCUGAUAUUGAGGAGUUAGAAAGUCUCAAUCUUCUUCAAGGAAAAAUUAGUCUUUCAGGAUUGAACAAUGUCACUGAUCCAACACAUGCCGUAAAGAGCCGUUUGCAAGAUAAGAAGUUUUUAGAAAAAAUACAUAUGAUAUUUGAUGGUUCAAUAGUGGAAAGCAAUGUGUCUGUCUUGGAUGCCCUUCAACCAAAUAUCAAUCUGAAGAGGCUCACCAUUAAGAACUACAAUGGCAAUAUGUUUCCAACUUGGAUAAGGGGGUGUGAUUUACCCAAUUUAAUAUCUCUUAAACUGAAGAACUGUAAUGGAAUAAAGAUCUUUGGCAAUAACUCAACAAAUGUCCCAUUCAAGUUCCUUGAAGUUUUGAAAUUUGACUGUUUGUCUGAAUGGGAGGAAUGGGUAUGUAUUGAAGGGUUUCCUCGGCUUAAAGAGAUUUCUAUAAAUGAUUGUCCAAAAUUGAAAAGGGUAUCACUGCCUCAACAUCUUCCUUCAUUACAGAAAUUGUUUAUAGGUGGGUGCAAAAUGGUGGACGUGUCAAUUCUCAAUUAUGAUAAAAUCAUAGUGUUGGAUCUACGGAAUUAUGAGCGGAUUGAGUUGUCAUCAAGCUUGAAAAGGUUUGUCCUUGGUGAAAAUCAGUAUGUUGAGUUCUCCAUGGAUCAUUUAAUCAACAAUCCCUUUCUGAAAGUGUUGUCGUUGGAUUUUAAGGACUUGGUAGAAUGUCCCUCUUUAGAUUUGUGUUAUAAUUCUCUUUGGGAUUUUUCAAUAAGAGGAUGGCAGUCCUCCUCCUCGUUGCCUAUUUCACUACACUUGUUCACCAAUCUAUGUAUUCUAAAGUUGUUGGAUUGUCCAAGGCUGGAGUCUUUUCUUAUGGGAGGUUUGGCUUCCAAGUUGUGGUCCCUUGAUAUAUGCAAUUGCCCAAAAUUAAUUGCUUCCAGAGAGGAGUGGGGUUUAUUCCAACUCAAUUCUUUGACUCAUUUCAUAGUUAGUGAUGAUUUUGAAAACGUGAAGUCAUUCCCCGAGCAGAAUCUACUGCCACCAACUCUGAAUUUUCUUAUCUUGGAUAAAUGUUCAAAGCUAAGAAUAUUGAACUACAAGGGAUUUCUCCACCUCAAAUCUCUCAGUGGUAUAUCUAUUAAAAACUGCCCUAGUCUUGAGAGUUUGCCGGAGGAGGGUCUACCCAACUCCCUUGAUAGUUUGUACAUUGAAAAUUGUCCAUUACUUGAAGAGAAGUACAAAAAGGAGGGAGGAGAGCGUUGGCAUACAAUUAGUCACAUCCCUAAUGUGAGGAUUGAUCGUAUUCGGCAGCAUUAGAUUGAGCUGUAGAAAUGUGAUGUUUGUCAGAGUGAAGUGAUCCUCAAAGAUCUUGCAGACCA